AUGUCGUCCGCACCUCUAGGAUAUUACUGUUCCUCUGAAUUCCAAUCAAGACCCCUAGGAACGCUCUUCUUCGCCCGAAUAUCCGCACUCAACCUCGUCAAGUCCUACUUCAUGGAGACCGCUUUCGACAAACGCUCGCCUUCGCCCGAUCAUGAUGAUGAUCAUGUCUUGCCCCUCAAGGACGAGAGGUUCCUUCCAAUCAUCCACCUUUUCUCUGCGACGGCUUCGAGAUAUAACUUUACCGCUGGUCUUUCCGCGAAGGUUGAGGAGCUGGUUGGUGUGAAUCACAAAGCCUAUGAUGGUCUAGCAUGGCACUUUGGGGAGUUCGGCACCAAGGAUAAGUACCACGGGGAAAGCCGAAUCUUGAUCGCCAAUCGACCCAAGGGAGUGGACUGGCAAACAUAG